AUGCCCGCUCCGCCGCCUCCUCCUACGCCUCCGCCUCUGCCGCAAAGUUCCUCGCCACCCGCUAGAAGACGGGUUGUUGAUGUGGUGAGCAGCAUUGAAGAGGCGAGCUCUCGUCGAGCCGUGCUUCAAGCGAUCCAUCAUGGUGUUGCGCUGAGUCGCACCCAGCAAACCCCCGCCCCAACGCAGCCACCGCCACCCCCCAUGUCCCACCCUGUGAGUGUGCGGCCACCGAGCCCGCCUCGACCGGCACCCUUUCGCUUGGUCAUGCGGGAGCUCUUGUAUCGCAUUCCAAAAACGCCGUCUAUUGAUUGUGUGGCCCCACUUACAUUACCGGUGCUAGAUCCCGACGCAGAAAUUCCCGCUGCUUUUAAGUGUCCAAUCACUUUGGACCUCUUCAAGGAUCCAGUGGUGGCCCAAGAUGGACAUACAUACGAGCUUGAAGCCAUUCGGCAUUGGGGUGUUGAACACAAAACCUCGCCCAUCACCCGACGGCCCAUCGACGUGGAGGCCCUGGUUCCCAACCAUGUUCUCCGAGGUUUGAUCAUGGCCUGGGCCGAACAGCACGCGGCACAACCCUCCGUGAGUUCCAGCUCUGAUAGCAGUGCCGAGAGCCUCGAGGCACCUGAUCCCAGCAGGCUGGGCGCUGAGCAAGCCGCUCCCUCUUAUCCACCCUGCCCCCCCGUUUCACCGGACGCAACCCAGCCAUCAUCCACCCAUCAGUCAUUGUAUGAUUGA